AUACUCCUCAUCUGACGGCGCGUCAACACACGUCUCCCGUUCAACGACAAAACCCAACUCCCCAACCACUCCAAACCCAUCAAUUAAAGGGAAGAAAACAGCAGCCUCAUCCGCUCCAAUAUGGCGAGGGACUUCAUCUCUGGCGCUCGACUGUGGACACUGUUCUUGUUCUUAUGCUUAACGGGUCACAACAAUCUUGUCCCAGUAGUAGAGGCUAUAUGGUUGACGAUUCCCAGCUCCGGCACCAAGUGUGUUUCGGAGGAGAUCCAGAAUAACGUCGUUGUUUUGGCUGAUUACUACGUGAUCGACGAAACUAACCCUGCACACAUCCCCACCAUCUCAGCCAGGGUAACAUCCCCCUAUGGGAACAAUCUUCACCACAAUGAAAAUGUGACUAAUGGUCAAUUUGCAUUUACAACCAGUGAGGCAGGUAACUAUCUGGCUUGUUUCUGGAUGGAUUCCAGUCAUCAACAAGAUGCAAAUUUAACUCUGGGUCUUGACUGGAAAAUUGGAGUUGCUACCCGGGAUUGGGAAUCAGUUGCUAAGAAAGAAAAGAUUGAGGGAGUUGAACUUGUUUUGAGAAGGCUUGAGGCAGUGGUCCAAUCCAUACAUGACAAUUUAAUCUAUCUCAAAAACAGGGAAGCAGAUAUGAGGGAAGUCAGUGAAAGAACGAAUGCAAGAGUGGCAUGGUUCAGUAUCAUGUCUCUUGGCGUCUGCAUUGUAGCUUCGGUUUUGCAGCUAUGGCACUUGAAGCACUUCUUUCAAAAGAAAAAACUCAUCUAGAUUUUACUCUCUUCCUGUUGUUUUCUGAUACUAAGUAGGCAUGAAACAUUAGUUAUAGAGAAUAUAGAGUUCUGUUCAAUUCUCACGGUACCAUUGUAGUUUCUUCUGUUCUUCUAACUGGAGCUGGAUGAUGAGAAGGGAGAACUUAAUGAAUGGAUGAUAUUCAGAAGGCUAUCAAAUCGGAAGCCCAGUGGAUUAAUAUGAUUUGAGGAGCCUAACCCUGCAGCUGUAAAUGACUUUGAAACAUUACCAAUUAGCUUCAUAUCAGAUACAGAUACAGUACCAAUUUUAAAAUCCACAAAAUCUUGUUCAUUUCAAGGUCUGUCUUUGUCCUGUUUCCAACAAUAUCAAGCUUCAUGUUGUUUUUCCUUAAAAGAAAUUGCUGUAAAGACAUUAGCUGUGUAUUAUGUUGCAGCUUUACAAAUGAGUUAACCAAAUUGUGUAAUUUGAGUAUAAUUCAUAUCAAGUAUGUACAAUAGAAAAUUGAAGUAUAGUCUGCUUUACAGGAUUUUCUAUGUACAAACUCAAAGGACUAAGCAAUUGAAAAUGUACAAAGUACAAACUCAAAGGACUAAGCAAUUAUAAAACAAAGAGUUCAGUGUUCUGCAAUAAAAUAGCCAUUAGAUA